AAUCUUCUGAUACACAUAUACCUUUUGAGCCGUACGCGGCUAUGGUUCUGCCUUCCAUUCGUCGUCGGAGGCAUCACUGAGAUCUUUGGAUAUAGCGUUCGGAUCAUCGGGCAUGACAAUAUCACGUCGAAGGGACCGUAUAUCGCCUCACUCCUCUUGACCUUGUUGUCACCCAUCUGCUUUGCUGCGUCCAUCUAUAUGAUCCUGGGUUGCGUUAUCCGCGCCACUGGUGGGGAGAAGUACUCACUGGUCUCUGUCCGCUGGAUUACCAAGAUCUUCCAAGCUGGUGAUUUGGCGAGUCUGGCCCUGCAGGGGGCGGGUGGGACGAUUAUCUCGCGUGCUGACACCAAGUCAAAAGAGUCGAAUGGCAAGGUAAUCGUUCUUAUUGGCCUUGCCGUGCAGUUGGUCUUCUUUGGCUUCUUCGUCAUCGCCGCCCUGAUUUUCCACGUGCGUAUGCUCCGUAACCGCCCCAAAGGCACCGAAUCUGCUAUUUCCUGGCGUCAAAUCAUCUGGUUGUGCUACCUGACCAGUGCCCUGAUCACCCUUCGAAACAUCUUCCGUGUCGUCGAAUUCGCCAUGGGUACUCAAGAUUACUUGUGGCAGAAUGAAUGGCCGCUAUAUACAUUCGACGCCAUUCCCAUGGCUCUGACCAUGCUCGUGUGCGUGAAGUUCUAUGACCGCCAAAUUCAGCCCCAAAAGUACACCACGGCCAACCCGAUCCGCUUAACUGAGCAGUCUCUUACCUCCUAG